CCACCCCACCCCACCUCAGCACUUACGCACAUGGCUGAAUAAAAUAUCUGAAAUUCAGUUCACCAACCCACAGUCACUCUCGCAUAACACUUGCAAAUUUAGUUUCCACAAUUCUGCCAAACGAUCGUAUUCGUAAUCAAACGUAGAAAGUGCCGAUCCGGAUAUUUUUGCAAGUGUUUUCGUUGUAGCUGCUGUGAAUUGAGAGAAUGGCAGCAUCUGCUGAAUGGCACUGUGAGAAAAGACCGUUUAAUAAGAAUGAGUCUUUUACAAGAGACAAUGAGAAUGUGCCUGAAACUGGCUGCCUUUCUAUAGUUGUUCUCGGUGCUUCAGGCGAUCUUGCUAAGAAAAAGACAUUUCCCGCGCUUUAUAACCUUUUAUCGACAGAUAUUCAGGGAUUUUUGCAACUGAACGACGUUCACAUUUUUGGCUAUUCGAGAACCAAGCUUUCUGACGAUGAAUUGAGAGAUCGGAUUCGAGGAUAUCUGCCCCAGGCAAAAGAAGUCAAAGACGAUGUCUCGAACUUUCUGCAAUUGAUUAAAUACGUGAGUGGCUCUUAUGAUGCUCGAGAAGGCUUUCAAGAAUUAGACAAGGCGAUAUCCGAGCAUGAACUAUCGAAGAACAGUACAGAAGGAUCGUCCCGGAGACUUUUCUACCUUGCACUUCCUCCUUCGGUAUAUCCACAAGUCUGCAAAAUGAUCAAGAGUCAUUGCAUGAAUAGAUCUGACCUUGGUGGAUGGACUCGUAUUGUUGUUGAGAAGCCAUUUGGUAAGGAUUUGGCUUCAGCUGAAGAACUGAGCUCACAGAUAGGAGAAUUAUUUGAUGAGCCACAGAUUUAUCGUAUCGAUCAUUAUCUUGGAAAGGAAUUGGUGCAGAACUUGUUGGUACUUCGUUUUGCCAAUCGCUUCUUUCUACCUCUUUGGAAUCGCGAUAACAUUGCUAAUAUACAGAUUGUGUUUAGGGAAGAUUUUGGGACUGAAGGACGAGGUGGAUAUUUUGACCAAUAUGGGAUUAUCCGUGAUAUCAUCCAAAAUCAUCUACUCCAGGUUCUUUGCCUCGUCGCCAUGGAGAAGCCUGUUUCGAUGAAGCCUGAGCAUGUUCGAGAUGAGAAAGUGAAGGUUCUUCAGUCCGUUGUUCCUAUAAAGGACGAAGAGGUGGUGCUUGGACAAUAUCAAGGCUAUAAGGAUGAUCCGACAGUUCCAGACAACUCAAACACUCCUACUUUUGCCACAGUAAUUCUACGUAUACACAAUGAAAGAUGGGAAGGUGUGCCCUUUAUACUCAAGGCUGGAAAAGCUUUAAAUUCAAGAAAAGCAGAAAUACGGGUUCAGUUCAAGGAUGUUCCUGGCGAUAUAUUUAAAUGUCAAAAGCAAGGAAGAAACGAGUUUGUGAUUCGUCUGCAACCUUCUGAAGCCAUAUACAUGAAGCUAACAGUCAAACAACCUGGUUUGGAAAUGUCAACUGUACAGAGUGAGCUGGACUUAUCAUACAGGCAACGCUACCAAGGAGUUGUCAUUCCCGAGGCUUAUGAACGACUAAUUCUCGACACAAUUAAAGGUGAUCAACAACAUUUCGUCCGCAGAGAUGAGUUGAAGGCUGCUUGGGAGAUAUUUACUCCGCUUCUGCACAGUAUAGACAAGGGAGAAUUUAAGUCGCUACCGUACAAACCUGGAAGCAGAGGCCCCGCACAAGCGGAUCAACUGUUGGAACGAGCUGGUUAUGUCCAAACACAUGGAUACAUAUGGAUCCCCCCUACAUUGUAAAACGAAUCAUCUGUUAAAUGACGAUUAUGCCCUUUGCUUUCUAGAUGCUUUUGUUGUGUUGUUAAGAUUCUAGCUUUCGUGUUAUGGCGGCUAAAACGGUUGGAUUUGAGUGGGCUGAGUCGAGAAAUAUGUUGUGCGCAGGCUUAUAUAAUAUGUAAUAAAUGCUUGUUUGGUUUUUUGCGAAAGCUAACUGAAAGAUUGAUGCAUGAGAGUUUCUUUACAUUUCGAAAUAAGUAAUUUUUUUGU